UUAGAAGAAAUAAAGUGGGCGUGAAUGUUGGUGUCUUCAGCGAAGAAGAAAGAUGAAAUUGACGUGGAAGAAGAAGGACAGCAACACCAAGAAACGGCCUCUGAUUACGAAAUUCCCAAAUCUUCCGUUUGAUGAAGAAGAAGAAGCUGUAUGUUUUGACACCACUAAGAAUGAUAACGAUAAUAAGCAACUUGCCGACUCCUUUCUGUCUCAAGGGAACAACCUAGCCCAGGAUGGAAAAUACCGUGAAGCACUUGGAAAGUGGGAGGCUGCUCUUAAUUUAGUGCCUGCAAAUGCUGUUUUACAUGAACAAAAGGCUCAAGUCUUACUUGAAAUUGGGGAUCCAUGGAGUGCACUCAAGUCUGCAACUCGUGCCACUGAGCUGCAACCCUCUUGGGCUGAGGCAUGGAUCACUCUUGGUAGAACACAGUUGAACUUUGGGGAGCCUGAUGGUGCUAUUGAAAGCUUUGACAGAGCAUUAGCUUUAAAGCCUGAUGCGAAGGAGGCUCAAGAUGACAGACGUUCUGCAUUGCAUCUUGUUAAGAGACGAAAGCAGCUUCAUUCAUCAGGCUUAAAUACUAAUGGAAGUCGUUUUGCCGUUGCUGACAAGGCUGAGAGCUCUUGAAACAUACAUUCAAGUUGGAUUUAGACAUAUAGUUCAAUGUUCAUAUGUAAUAUAAUGUUAGAUUUUGGCUGCUGUAAAUAUUAUCAGAAAGAACAGAUUUGGGCAAGGAAAUUGAAAACUGGACUUUAUUUAAAUAAUUCAUGAACAUGAAGGUGAGAGCCUUAUCAAUUGGAUUA